AUGAGAGUUUCAUGUGAAUCUGAAACUUCACAGCACAAAUAUUCUCUAGUCUAUGAAUCUAAGUGCAACUCCUUCCUUCCCAUCACUCCUCUCUCACCUAUACCCUCUCCUCCCUCCUCCUCUCUCCUUCAGCCGGCGUCUAAGGGGCAGGUGUGUGAGGAGGAUGAGACCUCCUCAGUGAGUAUCAGUAGGGGUACAGACCUGUCCCACUCUCCCUCCCCGUCCCCCUGUGGGUCAGAUCGCCCUCUAGUGGGGUGGAGCAGCACCUCCCUGGGACCCCCCGUGGCCGAGAAACCCCGUUGGCACCUGGGACGACGCACCCCCGCUCACCUGCUACCCCUGGACGUCACAGGUAAGGGAUGGAGAUGGGGAAGGCAGGAGAUGGGUGUGGGUAGUGUGUGUGAAUGUGUUUGUGUGUAAGCAUCACUGCGUACAGAAUCUAAGUUGUUUAUCCUAUCUAUUUGGUUACAUUCUAUCUACUCUAUUUUCGGUCAUCUAUUUAGGUUUUGUGUGUGUGUGUGUGCGAGUGCGUGCAUGUGUAGUGUGUGUGUGUGUGUAGUGUGUGUUUUUGGUAGUACGCUCUGGUCAUCAUAGCUGCAGCAUUCUGACACUCACCCUCCAAACCUCCUCCUGGUUUUGGCAUAGCAACUGCUUUGUCAUUGGACGCCUCUCCCCUUCUCUCCCCCUCCUUUCCCAUCCUCCCUCUCCUCUUAAUUCUCAUCCAUCUACAGUAGAGUAUCUCACUCUCUUUCAGGACUCUCUCUCUCUCAAUCUAUCUUUUAUUCUCCCCUCGCUCUCAUUUUCCCAGAAUCUCUUCAACUCUAUCAUUCUCUAUCAUUCUUUCUCUCUCUCUCUCUCUCUCUCUCUCUCUCUCUCUCUCUCUCUCUCUCUCUCUCUCUCUCUCUCUCGCUCUCUCUCUCUCUCUCUCUCGCUCCAUCAUUCUCCCUGCAUCUCUCUCUCGGUUUGUCACUGUAUCAAACCACGUGUCAUCUUUCUCCCUUUCUCUGCCUGUGCAAUACAGUGUCAGUGCAGUAGUGUAUGUGUGCCUCUGAGUUAGGUGUGUUGAGACUAGCUUGGUAAGGUUAGGUGCGUUGUGUAUUUUAGGUGGGCACCUGAUUUCCAGUUAGAUGCACUGUACCCAUGUGUGUUUUCUGCUGCACCCUCUCUCUCUCUCCCUCUCUCUCUCGCUCUCUCAUCAUCUCACCAUUACCAUUGCCCCAAUGACAGAACAGGUAGCUGUUGCCAUGGCAACACCCAGCUCUUCCUUCCUUCACUCCACUCCUCUAUCCGAAAAAACUGCAGAGGGAGAGAGGGAAAGAGAGAAAAAGAGAGAAAAAGAGAGAUGGCGGAACAGGGAAAGAGAGAGAGAGAAAAGAGGGAAGGAGAGAAAGUGGUAGAGUGACGUAUAGAGAGAGAGAGAGUUGUUUUUCUCCUCCUCGCACUAUUUUCAUGAAUGAAUAAAUGUAAAGAAACAGACCAGACCUGAGCUGACUGUGUAGAAGGUAAUGAGUUACCCAAGGUCUUUUCUCAGGAGAUGUCUCCGAAACUUCAAAUAAAGUUUCAUUCUUAAUGUAGGCAAGCGCAGGAAAACAUUAUUCUGAUGUUAAGUGAGUCAGAAUGCUUCCUCAUUAUCAAUGAGACAACCUCUCUUUUUGUCCAUGAGUAACUCAAUAGUCUCUUCCUCUCUCUCUCCCUAGGUGAGGGUAAACUCUUGGGUGUAGACCUCCUCCAGGGAUCGUGUUCCCCCUGUUCCCCCUCUCCGUCCCUGGGCUGUGGUGGAGGAGGCCAGCCCCGGUCUCUGGAGCCUGUCACAGACACCCCUGUCCAGCACAUACCCCUGAGGAAGACCCAUAGUGACCUGGACCCCAGCCUUCCCCAGUCCCCCAGGACCCCACCUCCUACCCUGGGCACCAUGGACCACUCUGCCGCCCUCCUCUGCUCCAACUCCCCCUCUCAGUCCUGGAACGGCCCCAAGGGCUCCACCUUCUCCCCAGGAGCCUGGAACGAGGCCUAUAGUUAUAGUAUAGCUCCAAGUCCGCUGGGGAAGGGACCUGCGACCAUGCCCAAGGGGGUAAGGAUGGUGGGGAUGGUUGGGGGGCAGGGUGGGGGGUUGAUGUGCCCCUCUCAGACCAGUUCGGGACUCUCCGUGAGCUCAGGGUCGCAGUCUCACUCUAGUUCGUUCACGUCAAUAUCGGAACCUUCCGGACACAGGCACCCAGGCACCAUAGGGAUGAUGAUGGGGAGGCGGAGCGAGACAGAGGGGGCGGCGGCUAGCCCCACUGACGAACAGAGUGGUUCGGAGAGAGGGAUGGGAGGAGGAGAGAGGAGGGAGAGAUCGGCACGUUCUGUCGCUGCCGCCAAUGCAUUUAAGUUCCGUGAGCGUUCUCUUUCCACGCCGACGGAUUCCGGCUCGUUCUGCUCCGCGGAUAACGUCUGCGGCGGGAUGUAUGGCGUCGGCGGACUACCUGGAGCCGGUAACGGGACAAACGGGAACGGCGGCAGCGUUUUAACAGCGAUGCACCACCACCAUUACCCUCGCGGCGAGGGGGGUGAGAGGGGCGAGAGCUACGCCCUCCUCUACCCCAGUGGGAGCUCCGAGGAUGGGAGCGCCAGCAUCGACAAUAUCUCCGUAACUGACAGCAACUUCCCCCCAGACGGUCGCCUAAGGUUACGUUCUCGCUCCAUCUCACUGAAGAAGUCCAAACGCAAACCCCCUCCGCCCGUCCGGAGUGUCUCGCUCAUGAAGAACUUAGGGGAUGCCGAGGGGCGCGUGCAUGGCCACAACGGAGGUCACUACCGGGACGGCCGCCCCAAAUCCCUCCACAUCCCCCGGGACCACCUCCAGGACUUCCAGACAGACUUCCUCCUACCCUCCUCCUCCUCCCUCUCCAAGCCUGAUCUGGAGAUGCCUGAGCUGGGCCACGUGGAUGGACCCCCUAGCCUGGAGGUCCAGGGACCAGACACAACAGAGCUGUCCUUCCCAGCCCACUGGCAGCUGGAGGAGUGGAAGGCUUCUGACCCCUACAGGUCAUUGUCUGGGUCUAGUACAGCCACAGGGACUACUGUUAUAGAGUGCAUGAAGGUAAGAGAGUCUCCUAUACACUAAGGGCCCUAUUCAGACUUGAGAUAAGUUGACUAACAUGAACAUGAAGUCAAAUUUGGACUUAAGUCCAUGUUAAGUCUACUUAUCUCAAGUGUGAAUAGGGCCAUUAGCACUUCCCUUAGUCACAGGUUUUUGGUAUUUUACUGUAUGUACUGUGUAAUGCAGGGCUGCCCAACCCUCUUCCUGGAGAUCUGCAGUCCUGUAGGUUUUCAGUCCAACCCUACCCUAACAUACAUGAUUAAUCUAGUUAAGGUGAGCAGCUAAUAAGUGGACUGAACCUACUGGCACUAGAUCUCUAGAAAGAGGGUUGGGCAGCCCUGGUUUAAUGUAUGUUUUUUUCUGAUGUACAGUUGAAGUCGGGAAGUUUACAUACACCUUAGCCAAAUACAUUUGAACUCAGUUUUUCACAAUUCCUGACAUUUAAUCCUAGUGAAAAUUCCCUGUUUUAGGUCAGUUAGGAUGACCACUUUAUUUUAAGAAUGUGAAAUGUCAGAAUAAUAGUAGAGAGAAUUAUUUAUUUCAGCUUGUAUUUCUUUCAUCACAUUCCCAGUGGGUCAGAAGUUUACAUACACUCAAUUAGUAUUUGGUAGCAUUGCCUUUAAAUUGUUUAACUUGGGUCAAACGUUUCGGGUAGCCUUCCACAAGCUUCCCACGAUAAGUUGGGUGAAUUUUGGCCCAUUCCUCCUGACAGAGCUGGUGUAACUGAGUCAGGUUUGUAGGCCUCCUUGCUCGCACACACUUUUUCAGUUCUGCCCACAAAUGUUCUGUAGGAUUGAGGUCAGGGCUUUGUGAUGGCCACUCCAAUACCUUGACUUUGUUGUCCUUAAGCCAUUUUGCCACAACUUUGGAAGUAUGCUUGGGGUCAUUGUCCAUUUGGAAGACCCAUUUGCGACCAAGCUUUAACUUCCUGACUGAUGUCUUGAGAUGUUGCUUCAAUAUAUCCACAUAAUUUUCCUUCCUCAUGAUGCCAUCUAUUUUGUGAAGUGCACCAGUCCCUCCUGCAGCAAAGCACCCCCACAGCAUGAUGCUGCCACCCUGUGCUUCACGGUUUGGAUGGUGUUCUUCGGCUUGCAAGUAACCCCCUUUUUCCUCCAAACAUAACGAUGGUAAUUAUGGCCAAACAGUUCUAUUUUUGUUUCAUCAGACCAGAGGACAUUUCUCCAAAAAGUAUGAUCUUUGUCCCCAUGUGCAGUUGAAAGCCAUAGUCUGGCUUUUUUAUGGCGGUUUUGGAGCAGUGGCUUCUUCCUUGCUGAGCGGCCUUUCAGGUUAUGUCGAUAUAGGACUUGUUUUUACUGUGGAUAUAGAUACUUUUGUACCUGUUUCCUCCAGCAUCUUCACAAGGUCAUUUGCUGUUGUUCUGGGAUUGAUUUGUACUUUUCACACCAAAGUAUGUUCAUCUCUAGGAGACAUAACGCGUCUCCUUCCUGAGCGAUAUGACAGCUGCGUGGUCCCAUGGUGUUUAUACUUGCGUACUAUUGUUUGUUCAGAUGAACGUGGUACCUUCAGGCAUUUGGAAAUUGCUCCCAAGGAUGAACCAGACUUGUGGAGGUCGAAAAAAAAUUUCUGAGGUCUUGGCUGAUUUCUUUUGAUUUUCCCAUGAUGUCAAGCAAAGAGGCACUGAGUUUGAAGGUAGGCCUUGAAAUACAUCCACAGGUACACCUCCAAUUGACUCAAAUGAUGUCAAUUAGCCUAUCAGAAGCUUCUAAAGCCAUGACAUCAUUUUCUGGAAUUUUCCAAGCUAUUUAAAGGCACAGUCAACUUAGUGUAUGUAAACUUCUGACCAACUGGAAUUGUGAUACAGUGAAUUAUAAGUGAAAUAAUGUAAUCUAAAUAUUACUUGUGUCGUGCACAAGGUAGAUGUUAACAAACUAUAGUUUGUUAACAAGAAAUGUGUGGAGUGGAUGAAAAACGAGUUUUAAUGACUAAGUGUAUGUAAACUUCCGACUUCAACUGUACGACCAGGAAGAUGAUUUUCAUGUUUUUAACCAUUCAUGUCUAAUACAUUUAAUCUCAUCUAAUUUGAUCUAAUCUAAGGUUCGUGGCAGCUCCGAGUCUCUCCUGGACUCCCCCUCCACUUCUAGAGCCACCUCCCCCUCCCUGCUCUCCAUUGAGACAGAGUCGACCAAAGCUUCCUCCCCCUUCAAACCACCAGGACUCAUGUCCCCCUCCAGCGGCUACUCUAGCCAAUCAGAAACUCCGACGCCCAACACCCCCUCCAAUCAGGUGGCAGGAACACCAACAGGGCCCGCCUCCACGUUGGGGUGUAAGAUGCGCCCCAAAAUCCCAGAAAGGAAGUCUUCCUUGCCAGCGACAUCUCCACGGGACCCUGCCGCCCGGUCGAGGCUGUCCUUCGAGAUGCCGGUUAACGCUCAUCUGGAUUUGUCCUCCAUCAAACCGAAACAGAAGGCCAGCCGGCGCCAUUCUGACACUUCCACCGCCGCUAAGCCCGGUAAACUGAGUGCCGGCAGCCAAUCAGCUCUCCCAGUGGUGACCACAAAUGAACUUUGGAACAUCCGCCUGCGUUCUGUCUCCCGUACUGACCUGGAGGUCUGCCCCGAUGGAGCCUCUAAUGACAUCAUCGAGGAGGAGCAGGGUCGCGACCUUUCCCCCCCGCCCGUAACCCCUGGUGGCACCCCCGGCCCCCUCGUCGCCCCCAAACCCAAACCCCCCGUGGCCAUCAAGCCCUCAUUACCCAAACGCCCCCUCAACAUCCUCCUCAAGUCCCCCUCCUCCUCCCCCGUUGCCUCCGACUCCCCCCCUGCCUCCCCUGUUGACCCCCCCCGGCCCAUGCCUAACCCCAGCAUCUACAUGGUGGUAGGUAGGAAGCCCAAGCUGAAGAAAGCCUUCCCUCACACCCCUACCAGCCCCUGUGGACCCCAGGAACAACCCCAAACUUUCCCCCUCCACUAUCCCCAGGGCCUCUACGAUCUCCCCUCCUUCCACCACACCCAGUCCCUGUACGAUCUGCCUCCUCUCCCCCUGCCCCAGCCCCUCCUGGAGGACCCCACCAUGGAGCCGGAGUUCGACCCUGACUUGGAGCUCUGUCUUGGGCCUGAGGAUGGAGGGUCACUCCCCUCUCCCUGCAGUAACCAGGAAGUGCUGGAGACUCAGGAUAAGAGCAAGUCUCUACCUAGCAGGAUGACCAUAUCCUGUCUCGCUGAAUUGGACAAGAAAAAACCCAAGGUAGGCCAGCUGACUGGGAUAUGGUUCAAUGAAUGCGAUGUUUUUGUUCUGUGGUCAGUUAGUCAGUCAGUCAAUUGCCUCUGUUUGUAUUUCGUCUCAUCUGAUCUGAAGAGGAGAGAGCGAGAAGAAGAGAGAGAGAAGAGAGAGAGAGAAUAGACUAUCGCGAAAGAGCAGAGAGAGGAGUAGAAUAUAAUAUGAAAGCAUCUCAUAUAAAAUAUGAUCAUAUGCCUCUAUGUAUCUCUCUCUCUCUAUUCUAUAUCUUCUCUGAUGUCCUCUUAUAAGCUGAUAUAUAGCUUCUUGAUAAGGCAUAGAGGUAUAAUCUCGAGAAUUCAUCUAAGGUCAGAGCUAACUCCGUCAGCUCUAGCGAGUAGGAAAUAGGAAGAUAGAGAGGAGAGAGUGUAUAAGAUAUGAAGAGGAGUAAAGGGUUGAGAGAAAAGCAGAGGCGAGAAGGGGGAUGGAGGAGGAGAGAGAGGAGAGGAAACGAGGAAGGAAGAAGAGAGAGGGGAGGAGAGGAGAGAGAGAGGAGAGAGAGGGGAGAGAGAGGGAAAGAAAAGGAGGGGGAGAGAGAGAGAGAGGAGGGAUAGAGAGAGAGAGAGAGGAGGAGGAGAGAGGGAGGAGAGGAAGAAAUAGAGCAGCUAGAGAUAUUAUUGAUAUCCAUCCUACGAUAUCUAAUAUAUAUCUAGUUUUUGAUUUUGAUCUCUUUUCCCCUGGCGUUUAUAUUUUUAAAAUUUCUCUAGGGGAAAAGCGAAAGUCCGAGAUAAAACACCUUUAAAUAGCAUUGGCAAAACUUUUUCCUAAAUUUUAUUGGGGAUUUCUCUCUAUCUCUACUCUUCUCUCUUCUUCUUCUCUCUCUCUCCCUCUUCUCUCUCUCUCUCUCUCUCUCUCUUACUAUACAGUAUGUUGUCUGUAUGUAUUUACUUGCUAUAAAGCACAUUGUCCUUUGGUUAUCAUGUACACUCUCUACUAAUAACAAAUCUCUCCCCAAGGUUCCUCCGCCGGUUCCAAAGAAGCCCAACGUCCUGCUCCUCCCCAACUCCACCACGGUGCACUCCAACGGUACCACCGACAGACCGGGAACACAGACAGACAGCCCGGUAGCUCUCCGGUCUCCCGUUGGAGUGUUCCCACCAGAAGAGAUUCCUGGGAAAGAGGAAAACCAGGAAAACUACCUGGGAAUGGGAACGGAUGAGGAAAGCUCCAUGGAGUCUUCAUUACAGUCUUCAUUACAGGACUCUUCUCUUACAGUUGUGGAGGGGAGGCUCAACAUUACAGAGACAGGCAGAGGUAUGUUUACAAUGUUAUGAUGGAGAAUUAAUACAUUUAAAUCUAUUUAGCUGGAAUUCAGAUCCUGUCAGGAGUGAAAGUAUUACAGUGUAAAACUUCCUUUCCAGUUUCACUUCAAUUGUAGUUGAUGUUACCAUUGCAAUUGAAAAAUAUAUAUACCAAUAUUUUUUGGAUUGGUCAUUGUUAAUUGUUUUCUUCAUUUAUUGAUUGAUAUUCAUUGAUAUAAAUGUUUCUUGUCGUUAGAGAGUAACUGACCAAUCAUAUUGUUUCCAGGUGAUGAUGCGGAGAGUGUUGAGGAGAGCAGUUCGGUCAUUAGUGACAAGACAGAACUCCACAUCACCGAGGAAAUGGAUGAUGAUGUCAGAGGACACACACCUCCCACGCACACCACAGAGGACCUGUUCACCAAAAUACACAGGUAUGCCAAUACACACGCACACACACACACACACGCACAAACGCACACACACGCAUGCACACAUGCACACACACAUGCACACACACACACACACACACACACAUUUGUUUUACUAUCCUUAUGGGGACCAAACAAUUGAUUUCCAUUAAAAAAUAUAUUUUCCCUAAGCCUUAAGCUAACCUUAACCCUAACCCUAAAACUAAACGUAAUCCUAACUCCUAAAUAUAACCCCUAACCCUAAUUCUAACAUUAAUUGCAACCCUAAACCUAACCCCUAAGCCUAAAAAGCCUUUUUCCUUGUGGGGACCGGUGAAAUGUCCCCACUUGUCCGAAUGUUACUUGUUCUACUAUCCUUCUCAGGACUUCUGUUCCCCACAAUGAUAGUAAAACCAAACACCACACACACACAAACACACACACUCAACCGAGGACAGUUACGCUAACUCACACACAUAUUUAUAAAAAAAUAAAUAAUAAUAAUGCAUUUAACAUCUUCUCUCCUCUUUUCUCCUCUUCUCUCCUCCCUCCAGGUCAAAGAGGAAAGUCCUGGGCCGUAAGGAACCAGGGGACUCGUUCGGCAGCCGCCAGAGUCUGGUCUCCCCAGUGAAGCACAGCACCAGUGGUGGUGACCUCCGAACCCUGACCCUGGGCUCGACCCCACGCUCCACCUCACGGAACGACAACUUUAUGGCCCUGCUCCAAAAGAAGGGCAGCAAGUCCAGCACGGGAGGGGCCCGCGUCUCUGCCAUGGAACUCCUCAAGAGCACAAACCCCCUCGCGCGACGUGUCACAGAAUUCUCGACGUCGGCAGAUGGAGGAGGCGAUAUGACCACAGGGAAUAAUGGAACCAGACUGCCUCAGGACCAAUGA